AAUGUAUUGUCUUAUCAUUGUGAUUUAACUGUACCCCAGUUUUAAAACAAGCACAGAGUAAGUAGGAUACUAUUCAUAUGCUAUUUAUAUAUACAGUAUGUAGGUAAAAAACAGAAAGCAAUGAAAAACAUUGAGGAAGAGACGGUCAAGAGCACUAAUCUGUCACUUACAUGUCCUGCACCGUGUAAGUGACAUGUUGCUCAACUUCUUUCACAUAAACACACUCAAUGCCAGUGACUCUGCGACAGGCCUGAAUACAGUUAUGCCACAUUUGUUCACUUGUGUAUUACUACCAUUACUUGCCCAGUCAAUAACGGAAAUUGAAAAAAAAAAACACAAUUUCUUGCUCUUAACUGAUAAAACGGGAAACUCAAAGCAUUAAUGGGCUUUUAUCCAACCCCAGUGUUACAAGACUUCCCUACCUUCUUGCAAGAUUUACUUCCAACCCACAUCUUCCACUCCAUAUUCAGCUAUUCAAGGACUUCUGAAGGCAGUGCAACAUUUACAGUGAUAUAUAACUGAUAUUUGCUUUGAUUGGCCAAUCUAGAUCAGACAUUAAUAAUAAUUCUAUAGAACUACACACGUAAAGAAAUCAGACCAUUCCAAUCCAUAAAAAAGUUCUGAAAAGGAAUCACACAGGAAAAAACAGUUGAGCACAGUCAGAAAAGCACUAAACCAGUUGAUUCCAGUAAUUAGUCUUCCUACUUAUGCAUAUUAGAAUUAGCUGGGUUAGUGCAUGUUAGUAGGUUAAGUUGGUAGGAACAUUUAGGUCAACUCCUAAAUGUUCAUAUUAUCACCACUGAAGCCAUUAUCUACAAGUGGGAGGAACAUCAUUUGACCACCAACAAGCCAUUCACAGGAGCUCCUCACAAGAUUUCUAAAGAGGAAGUCAUAAAGUUCAUUAGAAGAGCAGCCCACCAGUAAAGAACCCCUCAAAAAUAUCUACCUCCUCCAAUAAGACAAAAGUCAAAAGUGAGGAGGCAAAGAAAGGGGAGUAGACAUAGGAGAGGAAAUAAGGUGAAAGGGGGAUAUCCUGUUAUAAACUCCCCUAAUACAGGUUCAAUUAUGAAGAAACAUGUGUAAUUCCAACAUUAUGUUAUGACAUAUAUUUGAUUUGAUUCUGUUACAAAUGGACAGAAGAAGAACGUUAAAAAAAAUAAUGUGACAUUUUUGUUGUGACAACCAUCACCAAGUCAUCCAGUUCAAGAGGGGAAGUACAAGUCUUUCGACAGUUUAAAUAGAGAGUAAACGAUUGUCUUCAGUUCACUGAUGGUCAGAUAGUCCUACACAUGAGUUUCACAAGUAACGUCCAUUAUAAAUGUAGUUGAAGCAGUCAGAAUGAGAAAUGUCUCAGUGAUCCUCUUCUUCUCUUUCACAGCUGCCUCAAUGUUUGUUACAGCAGUGGAGGUGAUGAGAGGAUAUCUAGGAGGAAGUGUAUCCAUCGACUGUCAUUAUGAUGCUCAAUACACGUCGUUUGUUAAAUAUCUCUGCAAGGGGAAAUGUCCUUAUUUAGGCUCGGCUGAUGUUGUUAUCAAAAGCUUCAACAAUCAUUUCACAACAAAGAAUGAAAGAUUUUCAUUAUACGACAACAAAUUAGCUAGAAUUUUUACAGUUACCAUUACAGGACUGGAAGCAAAUGAUGCUGGGACUUACUGGUGUGUAGUGGAGAGGGACAUGAUGCCAGACAUCUACAGUGAGUGGGAACUGGAAGUCUUUAAGAUCAGUGUGAAUAUCAAGGUUCCUGAAGCUUGCAAGGCUGAUGCCAACCAAGAGUGUACAGACAACAUUUUCAAACAGAUUGAAAGCAUCACUACUGAAGUAUUACCAAAGCAAGAGGUUGAGGACACGUUGAAGUUCCUUACUACUCAAAAAAACAGUUUGCUUGUUGGAAAAACAAAGCAAGAUGACGUAAUAUCCUCUUUCAAUAACAUACUGAAAGCCACUGACAAACUGGUGUCUACUUUGGUGAAGAAAGUGAGGACCACCUCUUCCAUUAGCAUCUCCAUUAAAACUAUAGAGGCUCGUGUUUUUGAAGUCGGACCAAGAUGUUCCUUAAAGGAAAUCCCUCAACUUGACACACUGGAUGCUAAAAUGGACAUUGAUCUCAUUGGGAUUUCCCAAAAUGAGAUGAAUCAAGGGCACGCAGCUGUAGCGUUCAUGAGCUACACCAACUCGUCGAAUUCCAGCCUGUUCAGUACAACUAUCAGCACAAUGAAACUUCUAUCCACUGUGGUUUCAGCCACGCUCCCCAGAACCAGAAACACAAGACUCACCAAACCAGUCAACUUCACCCUGAAGCACACUGCAGAGUUGAAUCCUGAUGAUGCAGUGUCCUGCAUGUACUGGAAAGAAACUGACUGGGUCACAGACGGCUGUACACUAAUAGAGACCAACAGCACUCAUUCUGUCUGCUCCUGUGAUCACCUGUCAACCUUCGCUCUCAUCAUGCAGACCAAACCAUCUGAGAGUGACCACCUCUUGGAAGUGCUCAGCAUGGUGGCCGAGGCACUGGGACUGGUGUUCCUGGUCUUGGCUCUGUUGACCUUUGCCCUCUGUCGAAGGAACCCGAGAGUGUUCAACACGGCCCGGAUCAAUCUGUGUAUAAGCCUGUUGUUGGCCCACUUUCUCUUCCUGCUCACACAAAUAUUACUGCGGUACAAAUACUUACAGCCUCUUAAGUUGGCGUGUGCAGUGAUGGCAGGCGUUCUGCACUUCCUCUUCCUCUCUGCUUUUGUGUGGAUGUUCAUUGAGGCACUGGUGCUCUUCAUCGCUGUAAAGAACCUGUCACGUCCCAAAUCAAAGCAUAAGGAGCUGCUUACCUGGAAGCUUUUAACUGUGGUUGGAUACAUGAUCGCCUUGAUUGUGGUGGGCGUGUCUGCUGGAGUGCUACCUGAAGGAUACGGCAGUAAGCAAUGCUGGCUUAAGCAGGACAAAGGCUUCAAGUGGAGCUUUCUGGGUCCGGUUUCUUUUAUCCUUGCAUCCAACAUAAUCCUCUUCAGUUUAAUCGCUAUCAGUCUGGGAUGUUCUCUGGCUCACCUGAACAGUAACGUUUCACAGAUAAAGCAAGCCAGGACUGUUUUCUUUAAAACCAUGGCCCAGUUUGUCAUCCUCGGUUGCCCCUGGAUUCUGGGUUUCUUCACCGCCGACAGUAAGGCUCUGGAGAUUAUUUUUGUGAUCCUCCUCUCUCAGCAGGGCACCUUCAUCUUCAUCGUCCACUGUGUCCUCAGUAAUGAGGUAAGGCAAGAGUACAGGAAGCUGCUGGGUAGUUUUCAGGCUAAUUUCUCUCCAACCACCAUCACUGAAGCCCACACCACACAAGGAGGAAGUACAGAUCUACACACCAGUUAAAUUCAAAGCUACGAUUGUAAUACUAGUUCAGUGUUGGAUAGGUUUAAAGUUGAAGCACUUCAACACAGUUUCUCUAAAAAAUUCAUUCUUCUGCAAAGAUUAUGUAAAGUUAUGUAACCUAUUCCAUUUCAUAGACACUGAUUUAAUGUUGUACUGUAUUUUAUGUAGUCUUACAACAGCAAAUACAGAAUAUUUAGUUUUUAUGUAAUUUUACACAUGAUUUUAUCACUCUGUUGGUUAAUUAGACUUUUCUAAAUAUGGGUUCUGUUUGGGAUGCAUCAAGUCUGUCUAUGACUGCUGUUCUGUUAAUAAUGAAUAAUAUUGCACUGUAUGAAUGAUAUUAUGUAUGCCUUACUUUUUUUGUUUUGUUUUUGUUUUUGUUAACGUAAAAUGUUUAGCUUUAGAUGUGGUGUGUUGGGAUCACACAGCACAUUUGAACCCAAGUAAAGGGUGGGGAUCCGAUUUGAUUGUCCCAGUACUGGCACUGUAGAAAGGCACUGUAAUUUCAAAGGACUGACCGAAGUCCCUUUAUACAUUCUAAUUUACACUCAUCAGCCACUUUAUUAGGUACAGUUCAGUUGCUUGUUAACACAAAUAGCUAAUCAGCCAAUCACACGGCUGCAACU